GUGGUGUGGGUCCUUGAUGAUACUACCUAGCUUUUUGAGGCAAUGUCUUCAAUACAUACCUUUGAUGGUGGGGAGGUCCGUACCCAAGGUGGUCCAGUGCCCACCAUAUUUUGUAAUCUUCUUUGUUCCUGGGCGUUCGAGUUACCAAAUUAAGCCUUGGUGUAACCAGACAAUAUGCUCGUACACCUGUAGAAGUUCAAGUAAGUAUUCAUCGACAUACUGAAUUUUCUAAGGAAGUAGGGGCGAUGAUGGACUGAUUGCAUCAAGGUGCUGGGUCCAGCUCAGAUCUUCAGAUUUAAGCACAUCCAGUAACUUCAAAUUGAUGACUCUCUCCACCACCAACCCAUUGAUGAAGACAUGUUUGUGGAUCAUUGGGCUUUCUCUUUUAAAGUGAACAAUCAGCCUUGGUUUUAGUGACAUUGACAGCAAUGGUGUUGCUCUGGCACCAUUCAAGCUGAUGACCAAUCCCCCUCCUAUACUCCGACUCAUCAUUACCCAUUAUUCAUCCAACAACAGUAGUGUAAUUGGUAAAUUUAAAGACGGAGUUGAAAUUUUCUGGCUACAUAGUCAUGGGUAUAGAGUGAGUAAAGCAGAGGACUGAGUACACAGCCUUGAGAUGCCCCUGUGAUGAUGGCUAUUGAGGAGAAGGAAUAAGCUGAAAGCACACAUCAAUAUCAAUGCAAAACUGAAAUGAUUUUAAAGUGAGUAAAUUACCUUCCUCUUGUUUUCCUUCUUUGCAGUCUAUAAUCCCCCUGUGAAAUCAUAAGGGUCACAGAUCUCAGCACAUGGUUCAAGAGCUGACAUCCUGCCACCCACCUCCAGCCCUUCAUGUAAUUGCUGGGGUUUGAUUUGAUCACAAAUGCUAAACUCUUUGGGGGUGAUUGGGUGAACUGAAACGCAGGCUGCGACUACUCUUCUGUAAGUUUGGAAUUUCCACAGUCAACUAUGAAUGCGGGGAAGUCCUAAGCUUGGAGUCAUCUAGGUGGGCGAAUGAUACGAGCUGUGGCAUCAACCAGAACAAUCCUUGCCAAUGGUUGUCUUUUUAGAGGACAAGUCUUCAAAAGGGCUAUGUUUCAGCAGUCAGCUAACUUUGCUGAUCUGGAGCAGAAGUACCAGCAGCUCUACACAAAAUCUCUCGCUGCCCAGGCCUUGGGAGACGAAGUUAGCAGAGUUUCAAAGAAGUGUGAAAGUGCACAAGAAAUCAUGGACAAACUUAAAGACCAUUCGCUGCUAAAACAAGUUGAAAAUCUGCAGGUGGAAAUUAGGAAAAUGAAGAUUUGGUCAACGUCCAUCACCGACAAAAGAAAUGAAUUGGAUGAAAAAUUAGUUUCUCUUUCUGAUACCAUUGAAAGGAUAGAAAAGAGUACGGCUCAAAUAUCAAAUGAUGUCACCACAAAACUUUCAAGUGUCAGAACGGAUAUUCGACGGAUAUCUGGUCUGGAUUCGGAUAUUAGUUUACUGAAGGAUUCCCUGCAUGAACUGGAAACUAAAGUAACUAGUGUAGAGAAGACAGCCAUCCACAACAUAGGGGACUUAAUUGCAACUAGUGUUGAUAGAGUCACACAACUGAAGAAUUUGGUAUCUAGAAACACAGACAAAAUUGUAAUUCUGCAGAAGAAGUUGACUGAAUUAAAGGCCGAAGAUGAUAAACUUUCGGACAGAAUUUUUAGUUUGGAAAAUAGUCGAGCUAAACUUCUGAAAGCAGUUAUGUUUGCUAAUGAUCUUAAACCUAAAAUUUUUAACCUAAAAAAGGAUUUCUCUCUCAUCGAGCCACAAAUGAAUGAUAUUAUUGGAAGGAUUGGUCGGAUUUCUUCUGAUUUGCAGAAAAGAAAUGUGGAAAUUGUCAACUUGAGAAAAGAAAUAACUAACUGCACUGUAAAUUCAAAUGAAAAUCAGGGGACAAAGGAUCAACAAAGUCAGGUUACUGCAAUGGAACAGUAAUUGUAUAUUUCCACAUCAGGAGGCUAAGUUAUAGAAUAAUCUGAAUUGUCAGUAAUUUAUAUUCUUGUCAAACCUUUUUGUUUUCUGUUAUUACUGAGAUCAGGUCAUGCUGAUAUCUGGCAAUUAUUUAGUUCAUUUACUACUAUGUUAAUGUACAAUGAUGAAACUCUCAGAGAGAACAUUGGAGUGACAUUCCUUCAACAAGCUACAGACAUUUGGAAUUUAUACAGAUACAUUUUGCUGAAUAAAUUAUGUUUCUUUAAAAUGUUUCACAUCUAUAUAACUGUAUCAUUUUUGUUAGAUUAUUAUCGUGUCGGUGUUUACUAAACAUUUUAUAUUGUUUAUUUUGAUAUUAGUUUUGGAAGUAACACAUUGUUAAAUAAUGAGAAUAAUCAGUAGCCACGUUAGGUCCACGAAUAGAAAAUUCCUGAGCUUCCUCUUUCUGCUAUUCUAUCAGAAAUGCUGUUGUUUCCUACAAAUGUGUUAACAUUACUACAUAACUGUAGUGAGAUGGAUUGGACAGAUUAGUUUGAUGUUUGUGUGCUUGUUACUUCAUAAAGUAGUUUAUGUGGCCAUAGUUGCUGAUAAUUGAGCCUCAACUUUUUAUAGUUCUUGGAAUUUGAUCAACCUUCAUCAUUCAAGUAAAUCAGCGGGAGGUAUGCAAGUGUGGUUGUUCAUAAAGUUUUUAGUUGCUUUUGUGGUAAAAUGCCCUAAAUUAUCUUAUUUCUUCAGCAUAAUAUGAAGAAUCUCAGGUGAAGAACUGUAAAUGUAACUCCUGGUUAAUAGUGAUCUGCAUUGCCUCAUGUUAGAAUGUUGUUAUGCUUUGCCAAAUGAUGUCACAAUUAUUGUCUUUUUAAUGGUUUAAAAAUAAUAAAUACGAUAAUAUAAUUUAAUA